AUGUCAUCCUCAAAAGACUUCAUAAGAAAAGACCUGAAAAUGGUCCAUGGUUAUCCUAUGAUUUGUGCUUUUGUGGACAAUUGGGAAAAUGUUGAACAGUUCCAGAGCAGGCCAGAUGACAUCGUAAUUGUCACAUAUCCCAAAUCAGGUACCACGUGGGUUAGUGAAAUUGUGGACAUGGUUCUAAAUGAUGGUGAUGUUGAAAAAUCUAAGCGAGAUUUUAUCACUGUUAAAGUUCCAAUGUUGGAAAUGUCCCUCCCCGGACUAAGAACAUCAGGUAUAGAACAGUUAGAGAAGAACCCAUCACCUCGUGUUGUGAAAACACAUCUACCAAUUGAUCUUCUUCCUAAAUCUUUCUGGGAGAACAAGUGCAAGAUGAUUUACUUGGCUCGAAAUGCCAAGGAUGUUGCAGUCUCAUUUUACCAUUUUGACUUAAUGAAUAAUUUAGAACCUUUUCCUGGCACCUGGGGAGAGUAUUUGGAGAAGUUCAUGACCGGAAAUGUGGCAUAUGGUUCCUGGUUUAAUCAUGUUAAGAGCUGGUGGAAGAAAAAAGAAGAGCAUCCAAUACUUUACUUAUUCUAUGAAGAUAUGAAAGAGAAUCCAAAGAAGGAAAUUAGAAAGAUUACUAAAUUUCUAGAGAAGAACUUGAAUGAUGAAAUCUUGGAUAAGAUCAUUCAUCAUACUUCAUUUGAAAAGAUGAAGGACAAUCCACUGGUGAAUUAUACACAUCUGCCAAGAACUGUGAUGGAUAAUAGCAAAUCCUCUUUUAUGCGCAAAGGGAUUUCAGGUGACUGGAAGAAUUACUUCACUGUGGCCCAAAAUGAAAAAUUUGAUAUUAUUUAUAAGAAGGAAAUGUCUGAAACUACACUUCAGUUCCGCACAGAAAUUUAA